UUUUUAUUUAUUAUUAAUAUUGAAAAGAUUCUUACGUUUUUCCAAUACUGAGUCCUUCGGUAGCUCGUAAUCGUCCGCCGUGAAGUGGCUUUUACAAACGAGGCUAUUUUUCGUUGGAGUAAAUUUAUCUCUGCGAAUGGCUACAAGCCACGGUUUCAAUCGGAUUUUAUCUCCCGUAGGGAACUUAUGCCCUCCUGUUUUAUUUGCACACAUAGGCACUGCACAACACUGUGGCAUAUUAGAAAAUAAUAUUCCUAAAGUAAUGAUUUUAAGAAUAAAUAAACCAAAAAUUACAUAUUAAAUUACAAUUCGCGUAUGUAUUUGACAGUUCGUUGGACCUGACGCAACAGUGCUGCCAUCUCACGGGCACCGUUUCAGAAAACCCUCAUUAGCGAACCUGCGCGCCAGCAUAUUGCUACGUAUUGCCAGGGCCCUUCGUUCACUCCACUCACAUUUAGACGUUUCUGUUUACAAAUAGUUAUUUACUGUGUUUUUUAGACACAGUAUGGCCGAGUCAGUCGAGACACUUUGACGGAAACGAAACUGCGCAUCGUCUAUUACCACAUUCCGCAUCAGUUCGGGUUGAAAAGUCUCUCUAAAAUUUUACUAAUUACAGUACUUAAAGAAAUAGGCCCAUAAUUAUUCAAAUUUGAGAGAUCACCCGUUCGGUUUUUGGGUAUAGGAACCACCACAGUUUUCAUUAAACUAGAAGGAAGGCAGCUGUGUCUUAAACAAAGAUUAAACAAUAUAGAGAGCAGCCUAUAUAUUUCUACACUAGCAUAGACAAUGUGUUCGAUACUGAGCCCGUCAUGGCCGGCAGAUUUCCCACGCUUCAUAGAUUUAACUACUCGUGCUACGUCAUUAGCGGUUACUGUCCAGUUUGUGUACUGCGGCACUGAUCUGGGCUCAGUAUCCAUCACAUUGUCAACAUGUUGGGGAGUAACCUUGAAGUGCCCAGCGAACAAAUCAGCAAUCUUCUUUGUAUCAUGUACGUUAUUCACCCUGGUUGGCAACUUGGGGCUUGAACUCAUAUUUUUGGUUGCUUUCCAAAACUUUCCAAAGUCACGAUUAUUGUUGUGUAUCGCUAAAAUAUUCAUUUUAAUAGUUUCUUGGUUAUUUUGGCACCAUCUAAGAUUGUUUUUAAACCGCUUUCUAGCAUCGCGCAUUUUAUCAAAUAGCAUCCCACUAUUGGGUCUUCCAUUUAAACUCCAGUUCCGAAACUCAAGCUUAGCCACUUCAUGACUACUCCGAACAUGAUAAUUCCAGCCAGUUAUUCGCUUUUUAUUCCUUGGCGCAUCAGCUUCCGAACCUGCACUUUCUUUGGCACCACUUUGUAGAACAGUAAUAAUAGUAUCGUAAAAGCUAUUUAUAUAUCUUAAAAUAAAAUUGUUAUCACAUUUGGAGAUAUCAUUGCAAUGACUCUGACUAGAAUCAUAAAUUACGGAUAAUUUUGAUUUACAAAAUAAUCCAUAAUUAUUAAUUUGCUGCAUGUUUCUAUGCCCCCAUUUUAUUUUACCGUGAACCAUUGACACUGUUAUAGAAAGUGGUUGCGUCCUUACACUUGUAGAAAAGCUUCAAUCAACCACCAGAGGAAAAUGGUCAGACCAGUGAACAUCAUACAUAAUACUAAUGCUAUUAAUCGUACAAUGAGCGGCUGCAGUAGUGAUGCAAUGCGGAAUAGAUUAUCCAUUGGAAUGCUGCAAAGUGAGUGAUGGUCCGCUUCAUACUCAGCUCAAAACUAUUUAUCGUUCAUGCCUAACCUAUGAUCAUAAAAGUGUAUAGGGACUGCUAUGCGUUGUCAGCAUUCCGCGCGGCUACGGAAGGCCCGACGCAUAGCUCGCUCCUUAGUUGUCUCCCGGUCGUGAUUGCGAAAAUACACGUCUUAAUUAAGUACUUCCGCAUUUCUUAUUAUAUAAUCCCAGAUAUCCUAUAGUGGUGACCCCGAAUGAACAUUAAUUGAGUGCACCUUGAACUUUUACGGCAGUGAAUUAUAAUAUUAUUUUGCAUACAGACUUAAGUAAUAAUUAUUUUAUGGGGAUCUGGUUGAGUUAAAUUCGUAAUCGUCUUGAGUGCGCGUGUGUUUGCGUGCGCUAUCGGGCAGACAACUCCCCGGCUCCAGGCUCAUCGGAAGCAAAUUUCAGAGGUGUGGCAGAAUGUCUCCGACACCACCAACCCCACAAACAACAACUAUUGAAUUAUCCGCUAUAUCAUUAGCUGCAAAGAUACCUGAUUUUUGGCAGGACCAACCGCGACUAUGGUUUUUGCAGGUGGAAGCUAUUUUAGCACAACAAAAGGCAGGUGAUCAAUCAAACUACAAUAUGGUCAUCGCAAAAUUAGGAAAGCAAGCAAUUCAGCAAGUUGCGGAUAUCCUUGAGAAGCCGCCUAGUGAGAACAAAUUCGAUACUCUUAAGGCCAGAUUGCUUAGUGUUUACGAGGAGACAGAAGCGAAGAGGUUACAGCAAUUGAUGUCAGACAUGGAAUUGGGUGAGCAACGACCAUCUCAGCUAAUGAGGAGAAUGCGUGACCUUGCGCGUGAUAAAAUUCCGGACGACACUUUAAUCUAUUUUUGGCAAGGUCAUCUACCACCAUCGGUAAGGGCAGUCGUAGCGUCAGCAGAUUCAAAAAACUUAGAAAGCCUUGCAAGUAUUGCCGACAAGGUCAUGGAGACGUUUAAACCGAAUGAAGUCGCCUCAAUUCAGACAACAUCGCGCCAAAGUUCACCGAAUGAUUUUACAACGGCGGAAUUAGCGAAGAUUAACAGCCGCAUCAGUGAAUUAGCCAGCUCUAGUGGACGAGGUAGGAGCCGAAGGAGGAGCCGCAGCCAGGGACGUGCACGUAGUCGCUCACGCAACAACAGCCGCUCUGGGAGGACCCCUAACAGCCCUGAUUGGUUUUGUUUCUACCAUUACCGAUACAAGACCAAGGCCAAUAAGUGCGUGCAGCCAUGCAGCUGGAAAGGACAGUCGCCGACGGGAAACUAG